AGCAGCCUGACAGAGGAGGGAAGGUGCGAGUGAUUCCGCCUUGGACACCGCAGCGUUGCCACCUCUUCUUCAGAUUUGGAAUAUCAUCAGCCAAGUGCAGCAGUAGCCAAAUCAGCUGACUGAGGAGGGGAGCAAGGUGUGGCGAACCGGAUUGAGUUUCCUGGACCUCCCCUGAAACUUGAAUCCCCGAGGCCAAGCCACAACCAUGUCUUCAGACCGCUACCUGCUGUACCACGGGCUUCUUAUGCCCACUGUGGUUCACACAACGGAAAGCCUGAAAUAUGCCAGGGCAUUCCCCGUAGAAGACACAGAUGUGUUCGUGGUGACCUACCCCAAAUCAGGUACCACCUGGAUGCAGGAGAUCCUCCCAUUGCUGCUGAAUGGGGGGGAUCUGACGCCUGUACAAAGCAUUCCUAACUGGGACAGGGUUCCCUGGCUGGAAGAAACCAGAGUGGCAACGGUUGUGGACUGCUUGGCAUCUCCACGAGGAUUUGUCACACACCUCCCCUACCACCUCAUGCCCACUUCCUUACAAAAUUCCAAAGCAAAGGUCAUCUAUGUAACAAGGAACCCAAAGGAUGUCAUGGUCUCAUCCUACUACUUUCAUCAGAUGGCCUGUUUCCUUGAUGACCCCGGGACAUUUCAGGAGUUCUCUGACAAAUUCCUUAAGGGACAAGUGCUGUUUGGAAAAUGGACAGACCAUGUGAAGAGCUGGAGACACACAGAGCUGGGAGACAGAAUACUAUAUAUCACAUAUGAGGAAAUGGUUCAGGAUUUGCCUGGAGCUGUAAGAUGCUUUUCCGAUUUUCUGGGCAGAAACCUCAGUGAAGAAGCCAUUCAAAAGAUAGCAGACCACUGCUGUUUUGACAAAAUGAAGACCAAUCGUAUGUCCAACUACUCUCUGGUUUCUGAAGAAUUUAUGGACAGCAGCAAGUCACCAUUUCUUAGGAAAGGCAUUUCUGGGGACUGGAAAAACCAUUUCACCCCAGAACAAGAGGCCAACUUCUCAGCCAUCAUCCGCAAAGAGAUGGAGGGAGAAGAACUUGUAUUCCCCUUGCACUUGGACUAAAGAACAGCUAUGAGACAGGAGAAGAAGAAACCUGACAGCCCAAUGGUAUCAGAAAUCAGAACUGAUCUAUCCCUAAAGCCUGCCCCUCGAACGCAAAUUGGCCAGUGAUAGCUUAGCACCCAUUGCCCUCGGACAUUUUCAUCAUUUGCCUCCACAGAGCUGUAUAAAACUCUGUGGAGGCAAAUGAUCACAUUUCGUUUGUGAUUUAUGGGAUUUUGUGCAGAAAAUUGUCAAGUGACAUGCAUGGGGUACCUGAUAGGAAGUAUCCUGAGAGGCGGAGCAAUGGGGUGUUUUUCGUCUCGCUUCCUAAAUCAAAACAAAAGCGAGGAAAAUGUCCUCUGUGAGACCAGCUGUGUGGCAGGCCACAUUAUCAGCUCAGUGUUGACAAAAAAAAAAAAUGUUGUCCCAAGAUCCAAGUCAUUUCAUAUUCAGUGUCUGGAAGUCCGGGUCCGACGUUUAUAUGUUACUGCAUAAUACAGCUGUACAGUGCACAUUUCAAGUACAUUAAGGUUAGUAAAAGCAAUGCAAUUUAGGUGAGCUAUGCUAGGCAACUGAAUAGCUCUACAUUAAGAAAAAAAAUAGCCUGCAUCAACGUUUUCCUUUAAUGGUUCUCAUUUAUUUUUUUAACGAAAUAGUCAAACUAUAAUCAUAUUAGUCUUCUGUCAAGUAGAACUCAUUUUAUUGGACUUAAGACAAGAAAUCAUUUCAAAUUGCUGUAAAUGAUAAAUUAAAUCAAGCCCUGAUGUGAUCCAAUUCUGCCAUUUUGCAUGUGGUAGUGAAUAUCUUCUUAAAUCAACAUCUAAUGCAGGGGUCCCCAAUUACUUUUCAUAGCGGGCCACUUUUAAGGCCACUUUUAAAACCACGGGCCACUCAACCUCCAGCAGCAUGUUGUUCGUUAGUUUGUUUUGGUGUCGAUACGUUGCAGGUAUUAUAAUUUAAACAGAGAUUUUUCAUCUAUUUUUCGAUAUAUUACUAGUCUUACUUUUACUAAGAAAUUAAUUAUUUCACAUACAGUAGUGGCCAAAAGUUUAGUCCGGGUGCCGAAUUUGUAGGUUUUCAAUAGAACGAUGAUUCGUAAGAUUCCAAUGUUUAUUAUAUUUAAUGAAAAGAAACUAACAACGAAGAAAUGUUAUAAACAUAAGCUUUUAAUAAAGGUUUUAUAAAGUUAUUGUCUGAAAAAAAACAUAAUAUCACUGGCCUAAACUUAUAACCAAUUGAGUCCAUGAGAAUUUGCCCUCCGGAUUAAACUUUUGUCCACUACUGUAGACUCACCGCUCAGUGGGAGAAAUGACUGCGUCGGGAAGCGGCCAUGGUCCUGAAGCUGGGCUCGUACUCCGUUGUUGCUAUGCGAACAUACGCAGAGUUUAAGCUAGCUAGUUUCUGCUUUCUGGUAUCUGAUUUCGGUGGAAAUCUUUCAUUGAAGCUGCUGUGUUUUGUUUCGAAAUGGCGUUUGAUGUUAGCAACUUUGCUGACCGCUAUCGUUUGCGAACAGAUCAAGCAAGUUGGCUUAGCAUUGUUAUGUUCAGGUAGAAUGAAGCAAAAUUGA